AUGUCUCUCAAAAAAGUAACUGUCGUUGGUGCCAGCGGCAACGUCGGCGCCGGCGUACUGCCUCAGCUGCUCAAAUCCGAUCUCGAUGUGACGAUCCUCAGUCGACAAGGUUCGUCGGCAACUUUUCCCGAUGGGGCCAAAGUCAUCAAAAGCGACUACAGCGCCGAGUCGCUUGAAAAGGUACUCAAGGGCCAAGAUGCUGUUGUGAGCAUGCUGCCCAUCAUUGCGCUUGGGGAGCAAACCAAGAUUGCGGAGGCAGCCAUCAAGGCCGGCGUUAAGCGCUUCAUUCCCAGCGAAUACGGCUCGGACUCUUUGUCCGACGACGUACUCGCAGCUGUUCCAUUCUUCCAGCCCAAGAAAGCCCAGCUUGAAUGGCUUGCGACGAAGGAAGCCCAGAUCAGCUGGACUGCCAUUAUCACCGGUCCAUUCUUCGACUGGGGGCUCAAGCAGGGGAUGACCGGCUUCGACCUCGCGAAUAAGACUGUGACCCUGGUCGACGGCGGCAAAACUCGGUUCACGACCAGUAACAUGGCACAGAUUGGACGCGCCAUUGUAUCGGUCCUGCAUCACCCGGUCGAAACCAAGAAUCAGCUGGUUUUCGUCGAGUCCUUUACCACGACCCAGGCGGAGGUCCUCGCCGUUUUGGAGAAACUAACUGGCCAGGCAUGGAAGGUGAAUGAGGUCAGCUCUCAGGCUAUCCGAGAGGACGGUUCCACCAAGUUCAGCAAAGGCGACUUUGCGGGAGGCGGAUCUGCUCUGAUCAUGGCCCUGGUUCUGGGCGAGGGUGGACUGGAGGAUCAUAGUAACGUCAAGGGUGGCAUUUGGAACCAGCGCUUGGGCUUGGAGAACGAGAGCGUUGAAGAGACGGUUAGAGAGGUUCUCGGGCUGUAA